CGAGCGCUACAGUCCAUUCCACGGCGACAUUUUAGGAUUCUCCCACUGACAACACUAAACUGAAGCGCUAAGGCCAACCCUUACGACCACUUACCUCCGCAGGCCUGCGGAGUCACGCAGGAGGGAUGUCUCAGCAAGGUACCAGAAGAAGACCUCUACCCAAGGCCUCAGAUAAAGAAACCUAGGAAAGAAGGCACUUGGGCUAGGAAUGUGAAUAUGCAAAGAGCAUAAUCCAGCCAGAGGGGAUGAGUUCUUGACCACAACUGUCUUCAGAGACCAUCAGGCCCUGGCUGUGCACCAAGUCUGCUGUAAGGAGGACAGCUUCCCUGUGAGGCCUGCCAGCAGAGAUCUCCAAUCUCUCAGAUAUAGAGCCCCCUCUGUGGAAGGAGAGUCCUGGUCAGCUCAGUGACUACAGGGUGGAGAACAGCAUGUACAUUAUUAAUCCCUGGGUAUACCUUGAGAGAAUGGGGAUGUAUAAAAUCAUAUUGAACCAGACAGCCAGGUAUUUUGCAAAAUUUGCACCAGAAAAUGAACAAAAUAUUUUAUGGGGAUUGCCUCUGCAGUAUGGCUGGCAAUACAGGACAGGCAGAUUAGCUGAUCCAACCCGAAGGACAAACUGUGGCUAUGAAUCUGGAGAUCAUAUGUGCAUCUCUGUGGACAGUUGGUGGGCUGAUUUGAAUUAUUUUCUGUCUUCAUUACCCUUUCUUGCUGCGGUUGAUUCUGGUAUAAUGGGGAUAUCAUCAGACCAAGUCAGGCUUUUGCCCCCACCCAAGAAUGAGAGGAAGUUUUGUUAUGAUGUUUCUAGCUGUCGUUCAUCCUUCCCUGAGACAAUGAACAAGUGGAACACCUUUUACCAGUAUUUGCAGUCACCUUUUAGUAAGUUUGAUGAUCUGUUGAAGUACUUAUGGGCUGCACACACUUCAACCUUGGCAGAUAAUAUCAAAAGUUUUGAAGACAGAUAUGAUUAUUAUUCUAAAGCAGAGGCACAUUUUGAGAGAAAUUGGGUACUGGCUGUGGAUCAUUUAGCUGCAGUCCUCUUUCCUACAACCUUGAUUAGAUCAUAUAAGUUCCAGAAGGGCAUGCCACCGCGAAUUCUUCUUAAUACUGAUGUAGCCCCUUUCAUCAGUGACUUUACUGCUUUUCAGAAUGUAGUCCUGGUUCUUCUAAAUAUGCUUGGCAAUGUGGAUAAAUCUAUAGGUUAUCUUUGCACAGAAAAAUCUAAUGUAUAUAGAGGUCAUUCGGAAUCUAGCUCUAGAAGUUAUGGAAAUAAUUCCUGAAACAUUUAACUUGAAACUUCAGGAAAUGAUUAAUGAAUUAAAAAUGAAAAACUCGAACUUGACAAUCAGUAAUUUCAAAAAAUUAAUGUCAUCAUGACCAUGUAGUUUAUUAUUUCUGAUGUUUUUGAUUUAUGCUUAUUUGUUAAGAUCUUGUACAUGUAUUAAAAACUUAGAUGCAUUCAAAUUAAAAUAAUUAUUUUGCUCAUGAUUUUAAAAUUCAUUAAUAAUUAAAAUGUUUAAGAUAAAAGGAUAUUGCAUU